UCACCCACCUUGAAUGGGUUUUCGUUUUGCUUGUAAAUGCUAAUUUCACAUUGUUCGCGUCGUGUAAAACCGUGAUAUUCACUUACUUUGCUACCCAAUAUUCCCAAAUCUAAACAGCUUAUAUCUACCGUGGUGUGCUCGUUGCCAUGGAAAUGGUUAUGUGCUAAAACCAUAACACACAACAGGGUUUGCAUCCUUUUCGAGAGUGAGUUUGUUUGUUUGUCAUCGAGCUGGCGUGGCGUCAUCGGGCGUCGUUCAGUUCCGGGUCUAUUGUGGAUUAUAUUGCUUUUGUGCUGAUCGUGACAUAUCAUGCUGGAACUACAGCUAACUUCCGGUGAGAGUGAAAACUUCUUCCAUCUGACCGUUACCGGUCAGCUCGAGUCUGCCUACUUCCCAAUGGGUCCGGACGGAAGUGGACUAUUCUGUCGGUACGAUAUUGUGGCCGGUCCGGAUUGGGAGCUUGUUUCCGGCCUUCGAUCAGCAGUCACCCAGAGUGCACGCACUGAAACCGAUUACCGAACGGUGGUGUUUAAUAUGCCGAUUGAGUUUACGAUGAAAUCCACCAACCCGUACGGUUGGCCACAGAUUGUCUUCAGCUUGUACGGGGCAAACAUAUGGAACGUGGAAACGAAUCGUGGAUAUGCGCGGGUACACUGUCCGCUCAGCGGUUCGUCAUCGGAGCGCACAAUACGUGCGCCACUCUUCAUCCCGAAGUACUCCAACAUGUGUUCAGCGGCGAUGAGCUGGAUCAGUGGCGUAAAUCCGGAAAUGCGUGACCCCAAGAUACUGACCGACGGCUCCAAACACAAAGGUCUCGCGUGCGAAACCUACGGUGAGCUGAUAAUACGAUUGCAGACGAUUUCGCGCGGAACCAGCCAGAUGGCGUUUGACUGGGGCCAAUCGACUGUGGACGACCGGUACUGAGACGAAUUCCCCGCAUGAUGCG